GCACUAUUGACAGUGACAGUUCUAGUGGAAAUUCUGGUUUUCUUCAGAAUCUUUACUUCUGUGAAUUGUUUUGAAAAAAAAAAUCAUUGAUAAAUAGAAUAAAUACCUCAGAUAUCAAAUAAUAAAAAAUGACCAGAAGGGGUCCAAAGUUCUCUUUAUUAUUGCACUUUGGAAAAUAUAAUUAUUGGUGAAGGUGUUGAAAGUUUUCUUUCGAUAAUAUUUCGUUAUAAUUAUUUGAAUUCCACUUUCUGUAUAUAUAUUCAUCUCGACUUGUGAAAAAUCUUCAAAAAAAAAAUAGUUUGAGUUACACAGCAGCCUCUCCAUCUAGUCAUGAACAGAAAAACCGAAAAUAUUCAACUAUGAGAAGUUUUCACUCAUAAAAUCUACAAUGCCCAAAAAAACGAUGAUUGCCAAAAUUUGCCCAUCCUGUAAACAACAGGUUCCUGUAGCCUGUAAGUCAUGUCCUUGUGGUCAUUUCUUUUUCAAUGCAAGACGAAUUGCUAGGGAAUUUGCUAUUGAAGCAGAUUUCAGGAGAAGAACAUCAAGAGUCCGAAGAGAGAAACCUAAUUACUAUGAUGCUCUUGAAUAUGAUAAACAUAUCAAGAAAAUGAAAAAAAGGAUUAGUGAAUGUGAUAAUGAAGAAGAUGAUGAUGUUAAGAAAGAAAAUUGUAAACAUAAGAAGAAAAAACUGAAGAAAGAUGAGGAUGAAGAAGAUGAAAUAAUCUCCAAAAUAACUCCUGAAGUGCAACAGCACUGUCAAAUGAUUUUAGAUCAGAUAAAUUUGAAAUUGAAAGUGGUUACUUGGAAACCCACUUGAGAACAACUUGACACAUCAGGCACUUGGUGAAGAUUGGGAACUCUGAUUCUGCAGAUAAUAGAUUUUAUUGAUCUAACAAAUAUUCAAAUAAAAUUGUUCAUGUGUGAUUAUCACACUCUUGUACAAUCCAUUAUAUUGAAGAAUAUCCUUUAUGUGGAUAUUCAUACUUAGUGUAAAUAUUUGUCCAUGAAAUCAUUAAAUAAAUUUAUCCAUGUAUAAUAAUUAUGUAUACAUUAUAUUUACUGAAUGGUGAAUGAAAUCCAGUGAAAAAUCAAAAUAUAAGCAGAAAGGGACCAUGGGUGCAAAGCUUUUCUAUUCAAGGAAAUUCAAGCCAUUACUAAAAUUCAUUUUAAUAAUU